AUGUCGAUUAGAAAUUUAAAUAGGAAUAAUAUCAGAAAUACUGAUUAUUUUCCUGUAAAAGAAAUAACUGAUAAAGUGUAUAAAAAUGGUGAACCAUGGUAUAAAGUUUGGUGGAAAGGAUAUCCAAAAAGUCAAAGUACAUGGGAGCCCUUAUCAAAUUUCUUGAAUUACAUUCCUAUUCUUGAGUAUGAAAGAAAACUGAAUAAGAAUAAGGAUGAUAAUAACUAUCAAAAAAAUAUAUAUUUACCAUCUAUUAAUGAAAGAAGAAUAUAUUAUGAUAAAUCUAUCGGAGAUGGUUAUGAAAGUGAAACAUAUUUUCCAAAAUAUUAUCAGAAUAGUAAUAGUGAUGAAGUUCCUAAACAUAUAAUGAAACGUUUUAAUAUUCAAAAGAAAAUUUUAAAACCUAAAAAAAGAAGUUUUAUGAAUUAUAUUUCACAUGAUUUGUAUGGUAUAUCUUUGGUACUUUUUCUUGUUUGUUCUUAUUUUGUUUUUACAAAUUUUAUUCAAAAUUCAAAAUCAGAAGAGACAUUUUUUUGUCCAAAUACAAAAUGUGAAAUUUUUAAACUUUAUCCUUAUGAUAAGCAUACUUGUCUUAUUGAAAAAAACACAACAAAAGAAUUUUUAAAAGAAAAAGAUAAGUAUAAAAAUGAAGUUCCAGUUAAAGAAUAUACAUAUGAGGAUAUGUUAAUUCUUUAA